AUGUUUCCCGAGGAGCUGAAGGGCCUCACGCCGGUUGAGGAGAAGCUGAUCGCGCUGAACUCAUGUUACGGGUUCGUCACAAGGUACAGCAUUGCGAGUAGCCAGAAGCAGAGUGCCCGGUAUCCGAAGCACAUCAAGGGCCACAUCACGGUGUUCCCCAACAAUGUGCAGGAGCUGGCCACAAAAGUGCUUCCCCACCCGCUCGUCCAAGUGAUGGAAGAGAUCCAUGUCUCGUGGCAGGGUGCGGAGAAGCCAGCACCAAGCGACCUGUCAGGUUUAUUAUCGGUGAGGCGACGAGUCGUUGAGAGGGCCCUCGUCUGGCUGAAGAAGAACAACCCGCAUUACGCCGAGAUCGAGAUUGACGCGGCGGAGAUGGAGAGCUGGGGCGCGCCGCCGCAUGGGGUGCCGCCGCUGGUGUACGAUCGCAUGGAACGGAAUGAGCCAACAGCAUGGGAAAAAACGCGAACGGCGCAAAUUGUUCCUCCAACGGAGCGUGGCAUGGACGACGAGGGAUCGUUGGAGAUCGAAGAGGUCCUCGCUCGUCUUAACCGAGGAGAAGACAUACCCAGCGGCGACACCCAAGGGCCGGGGCUGACCGAAGACGAAGGUGGCCACGGGAGCGAGGCCGAGUCUGGUCAAUUGGGAAAAUCGAUCAACGAAGUCACAUCAUCGGGUAUGUUUGCCCUGGACGGACCGCCGGAUGUAGCCGAUGUGGAGAAGCUCUUGUUUGCCUGCAAUGCCGUGAACGGGGAUACGGCGGUCGGGGGAGCCAAAGCGGGCCCGACAACACGGGUGGAAUCGGUGGAAUCGGCGGAGAUACGGACAGGGCCUGCUGACGGAUGUGAGCCAUACAUUCACGUUUCUCGGGGCGACGAAUUCGCUGACACAUUCGAUGCCUCGUUCUUCGCGAAGACGUUUCCCACGCUAUUGCCCUUUGGCGUCGGGGGGCCACGGUUGGUGGAAGAAGCUGCCAUAAGCGUGGGAAGAGGUGCCGAUAUGCGCGGAGCAGAGGCGGCGGCGCAAGACCUCGUCUCGUCCCGUAGCAUGAGUCUGCGAACGUGGGCCGACAUCACGCUCCAGCGCCAUGGUGGCCGAUUUGCGACCCACCACAUCUUUGCAUUCCUUGUGUUCAACAUGAGUGUACGGUCGAGGAACCGUCGCGUCAGCAUGUUGAGCGUAAAGAGGAAAGAUUUCCGCAAGAUAGAGCGCAUAGUACGGUCGCUCUCGGCUGACAGGUUAGCAGCGGCAAGGAUCGAGUUGGAGAACUCAGGAAAAACGACUGACGAGGGUGUGAAGGAGCUUUUGAGAAGUCUUUCCUUGUACGGCUUCCGCCAGCCUAUGUCCAGAGAAAAUCGCUUGAGUAUGCGGCGGAAGAUACAGUCGCUUGUUCUUCGUCAUGGCGUGCCGGCGAUCUGGUUCACGCUCAAUCCAAACGAUAUUACGAACCCGGUAAAGCUGCGACUUGCAGCAUACCGCACCAGCGAGCCUGACGCGGCCGAGGCUUUCCUGAAGAGCCUUGGCAUGUCGUACAAACGCCUACGGCUGGCCAUUUCGGACCCCAUGAGCUCGGCCAUCUUCUUCCACCGGGAGAUGACGUUGUUCUUUGAGCAUUAUAUCAAAGUGGGAGAGGAGUCGGUAUUCGGGCGCAUCAUCGACUAUUUUGGUGCUGUCGAGACCAACGAACGAGGGGCGCUUCAUGUCCACGGGUUGCUUUGGUUGCAUGGAAACGCGCACUUGAGUUCGAUGAUUGCCGAUAUCGACGGCGAAGACCAAGCAACGUACCGUGAACAUAUCAUCCAAUACAUAGAUAGUAUCUUCUCCGAGGACUUGGACCAGGAAGGGUAUUGCACCCUCCAAGCGGAACGGUCGGUGGCAUCGGACAUUUCCUCCCUGCUUGACAACAGGGAGCAAUUUUCGGCCGCAUUUAACGAGGAAGCGAAUUUCUAUGCCGGUGCGACACAGAUCCAUACUCACAGCCCAACUUAUGUCAAGUACUCCUUGAGCAAGGGCAAAGGAGGAGGAAAGAGGCGUGGCCUUUGUCGAUUCCAGGCGCCAUGGAGACUAGUCGAAAAGACUGCCUUCACGGCAGACGGCGUGUUGCAAAUUCGAAGGAGGCAUAGCAUGGUGAAUCGGUGGAACAAGGCCAUGGCCGUGGGGCUUCGCCACAACCAUGACAUCUCCUUCAUAGCGACGCAGCGGAAGACCAUGGCCCUCAUCUAUUAUGUCACAAAUUACGCGACGAAAGUGGAGGAUCCGGUGUGGAAGCGUGUGGCCGCCGCGGCAGAGCUCUUGACCACAUCAACGGGUGAAGGGACGGCCAACGGAUGGGGGAACGGUGGAGGAGGUGCUACCGAUGACGCCGUCAAGGGGAACAGGACGCGGCAAUUCUUGAUGAGGGUGGCGAACCGCAUAUUCACGGAGCGAUCACUAUCGCAGGUCGAAGUCAUCGCCCACCUUCUGGGAUACCCGACCGAGUUCACCAACAGCAACGAUUGGACGUUCCUAAAUGUCUCUCUGCUCUACUGGCACGUCUUCCGACGAUGGCGACACCUCCGGAAAGAGAGCGGAGCAGAGGCUGCAAACGAUUCCGUGGACGAGUCGAUAGUUGUGGAAGAAGCAGGUGAGAGGAUUAGCUAUGCUGAGGCAUACCAGCACCGGGGAGACGUUUUGCGAAGCCUGUGUCUAUAUGACUAUGUGUCGCUCGUUAGACUCAAACGAGUCGGUAAAGAUGAGAUCGCUGGCGCUUGGGGAGAGGUGCCAUUUGAGAGCGAGUGGGAGUCUAGAAGAGGCUGGUUGCAGGUGCUGAGACGGCCGGGAAAGCACGCCAGCGUCUGCCUUGAUGGCUACCUAAGCAAGGAUUUCGACCAGGAUAACGAAGAGUCGUGCUAUCGAAGCAUAUGGGCGCGGGCUCGAGAGGCACUUCCUCCCAGAAUAUCAUGCCUCGUCGAUAAUAUGCAACUACUCCGACGGUCGGCCGAAGACGCGAAACGCGACGCCAGGCAAUGGGCAGCCUCAGCCGGCGACGCUGACUUCACGGCCGCACGUGCCGGUGAGGAAGGAGAAGGCGAGGCUAGUGAAGAGGCCGCAUCGGUGUACCAGUCUAACAGCAUCGGUAAUACAACGCAUCUGAUUAACGUUAUGAGAAGUGCAGUAGGCGCCAACCAGAUCACUGCCGGCUCGCCAGAGCUCAUGGCAACAAUAGAGCAGCUCUGUCGUUUCCAGCAGUCAGCACUGAGCUCGACUGCUGAGCUCCAGGCCACCGUAAUGCCCGAACGGGGAGAAAGACGGAUAAGCAUACCAGAAGUGGCAUUUUCGGGGACGGUUAUACCACCGCAGGAUCAGGUCAAGGCCAUCAAGUCGCAGCAGAUCCGUGCCUCCAGAGAGAGGGAGCGAAUGAUCCAGGGCAUACAAAAUAUAGCCGGGGCCAAUAAAACUAACCACAGUGCGGCGGUGCGAAGUGUGCUCACUGGUUUCGGCGAGGAGGAUAUCCAAAUAACGGCAGCCGACUUAGAAGAGGAGACGGCAGGCGAGGCAGGUCCGCGCAUAGAAGUCGACUUUGGUGCAUCAACGUCCUUCCUUGAGGCAGGUAAGGCUCUGGCAGCGCGGUUCACGCUGAACAAGAGGCAGACAAUCGCCUUCCUCAUUAUAUGCCGCCAGCUCGACUCGAUACGAUGUAGCGGCAGAGGCGAUGUCGGUCAGCUCUGCGAAUUUAUUAGUGGAGAAGGUGGAACCGGCAAGUCACGAGUCAUUGAAGCACUCGUCGAGCUCUUCGCAUCAAAAGGUAUUUCGAACUGUCUGCUGAUCACGGCGACGUCGGGGACUGCCGCAGCGCAGAUCAACGGCAUCACGAUCCACUCCGCCUGCGGGUUCACCAAGGACCAAGCGGCGGGGGGCGCGAACACGGCCAAGGAUCUCGACGGUAUGCGACUGCCAAAACAGGCUGAACGAUUUGUCCAUGGCCAGUCUCGUAUGGACUGGCAGGAGAAAGACCUACUAGUCAUCGACGAAUUCCGUCCGGUACAAAAGAGGUCGAUCCUGCUGCCGAGCGUGGCCGUCUCGUGGGACGAAGACAACUCGUUCAAGGCCGAGCAACGGCACCAGCAUAACAAGGCGCACGCGCUGUGGAAGAAGUUCACGACGGUCGUCAUGCUAGACGAACAAGUACGCGCGGCCGGAGAUCCGGAAUUACAGACACUGCUAAAGCGGAUCCGGUCGGGCGUGCAGGACCGCACGGAUUUAGACCUCCUCAACUCAAGAUGCUACCGGGAAGGCAGGCGGAUCCCGUGGGAAACGGGCAUCACCGUAGUGACGCCGCUGAACCGGAAUCGGUGGAAUCUAAACAUAGAGGCGGCCUUAUCGUUCCGGAUCCAGCAGCGGUCGAUAAUACGCAUCUUCAUAUCCGAGCACAAAUGGAAGGACGGCCUGCCGACGGAGGAAGAAGCCAUCAUGAUGCUAAACCAGGGCGAUAAUAGCGCGGUCCCAGUACCAGGCGUCUUCAUGUUCGUGCCAGGGAUGCCCGUCGUCGUGAACCACAAUACCCAUCAGGGCUUGAAACUUAUCAAUGGGGCCAGUUACACGGCGCUUGACGUCAUCCUCGACAAGGCGCACCCGGGCCAUCGGAUCUCGGCCGAUACGAUGGUCCACUUCGGGCCGCCGGCGGGGAUAAUACUGGAGUCGGAAACGACAAAGAACUUCCACUUCGUCGGAAUGCCGCCCGGCACGAUCCUGUUGAUACCCACGAGUGUCAGCAUACAUUGCCAGCGAAAGCGGCCGUGGCAGCAGAACGACGUCAGCCGAAAGGGUCUGCCGUGCGCGGCGGCUUUCUCGUGCACAGACUACAAAGUGCAGAGCAGGACGCUCGAGCGCGUAGCCCUGGAGCUGCGGGGGGCGAGGACGACAAAUGUCGACGGAUACAUAGUCCCCGCGCAAUGCGAUCCGUACAGCCUGUACGUGCAGCUGUCGCGGUGCCGGUCGCUGGACGGCAUCAUACUCAUCUCCAAGGUGCGGGAAAGAGAUCUGGUGGGCAACCGGGUUCCCCAGGAGAUGACCGUGGCAGAGGCCAGACUGGAGGAAUUGAGCAAGAAGACUGUUCAGGAGGCUCUGCGGUGGCCGGAUGACGAUUUUCGAGGUCCAGGGGUCUGA